GCGGCGGCGCGCAGGCGCGGGAGCGCGCCCGGCCUGGCCCGGCCAUGGAGCGGCCGUGCGGGGCAGGGGGGUACGAGGCGGCGGAGCAGCAGCCGUCCCGGCAGCAGGAGCGGCACUACCGGCUGCUGUCCGAGCUGCAGGCGCUGGUGAAGGCGCUGCCCAGCCCCUGUCAGCAGCGUCUCUCCUACACCACGCUGAGCGACCUGGCGCUGGCGCUGCUGGACGGGACCGUGUUCGAGAUCGUGCAGGGCCUGCUGGAGAUCCAACACCUCACCGAGAAGAACCUGUACAGCCAGCGGCUGCAGCUGCACAGCGAGCACCGCGGGCUGAAGCAGGAGCUGUUCCACCGGCACAAGGAGGCCCAGCAGUGCUGCAGGCCCCACAACCUGCCGCUGCUCCGUGCGGCACAGCAGCGGGAGAUGGAGGCUGUGGAGCAACGAAUUCGAGAGGAACAGCGAAUGAUGGAUGAGAGGAUAGUCUUGGAACUGGACCAAAAAGUGAUUGACCAACAGAGCACUCUGGAGAAGGCUGGAGUGUCUGGCUUCUACAUCACUACCAACCCACAGGAGCUGGCUUUACAGAUGAACUUGCUGGAGCUGAUCCGGAAGCUACAACAGAGGGAAUCCGAGGCUGAGAAGGCUUUUUCCUGAAGGAGCAGAUCUGCUCUUUACUUCCCAGAGUUUUCUUCUGAUUUCUCUCUACCCAAUACAGUGUUAGUGCAUUUGCUUUAUAUAGUGUGGGGAAGUGGGUCAUGGCUGUAGAAGUAGCUGAGGCCCUUAGGUGAUAUUAGAGCUGGGGCAGGGGGUGGUUGGGGGCAUCCACUGCCGCCCGUGCCAAGAGGAGGGUGCAGGGCCGGGGAGUGGGGACUGGGCCAGCCCAGCUUGUGAGGGUGAAUCCAGCUGGAUGGGUGAGCAACGUGAUGUCCAAAUUGCAAUCUCCUCUUGGGACUGCGGGGGGAGCAGCGAGUGUCUCUGGCAGGGCUGAGGAGCAGCAGCGGGAAGCGAAGUGGGCUGGCUGUGCCGUGCUGCCUCAGCGUGGCAGAUGUUUGGCAGCUGGGGACAAAAAGGAUGUCCCAGGGUUUAUCUGCAAGAGGCAUCGGUGCCUGUGGAGACAGGAGCAGGUAGGCCCUUCCCUGAGAGAGCCCAAGGCAGUGUGUGAGAGGCUGCUGCCUGGUGUUGGCAGCCCGUGGCGAUGGCAGCGUGUGCUCCCAGCUCCAGCAGCAGAGGCAGCUCGAGAGCUUUUGCUUUCUGACUUUAAACCAGUUUCCAAGUGAAGAGAAAUAAAAUAUUCUGUCCUGUCUUCUGGGGCUGCAGCUUUCUAAAUG